AUGGAUGGUCGAGUCAAACAGGAGCCAGAUCAAGCUCUCGGCACAGCAACUGCGCCCAUCCUAGUCGACGAUAUCCCCUUGGAACUUUUCCGAAUAUAUCCGAUGCCCUGCGAUGAUGACAACGUUGUCAAUAAAGCUAUCUAUCAUCAACUCAUCAAGCAGUACAUUGCUGAGAAGAAUGAUUGGCCACCUGAGCUACAAGAUGAUUUCCGGUCGGAGGACAAACGGCUCGAUUACAGAAUCUCAAGAACCACAGGCAUUGCCUCUAUGCAUAAAAUAAGCAGGCGGAUGCUGUCUGAAGAGAGGACAUGGGCACGUUUUUGGACUCUACGAGUUAUGUUUGGACCAACAGCAUGCGCGAAUCAGGGAUGGUUUGAGGAGUUCGCGAGAGAUUACCCGAUGGCCUUGAACGAUGCUCCAGCCGGCAUCAUUCCUGAGAACUUUGAAGACCUUUUUGGUCUGCAGCAAUGGACACCUGAAGAGCCUCAAAUGGAGCGAUGGAUUUUCCAUCCAACAACCAAAACUAGAUAUGGGAAGCGCAAAGCUGUCAAGACGCUGAAUGUGGACAGAAAGAGGCCAAAAUCUGUCCCGUUUUCUGCCUCCUCUUCCAAUAUUGACGCCAUCACUAGGAUCUCAACCACAGCAGUCUCGGAAGUUAAGAUUGCAAGGCCUGCCCGAGAUGAGAGGAGAAACACGGCGUUACAGGAUUCGUAUGGUAAUCGAAGCGGAUCUCUGACUCGCACCCCGCAGCCAAACCAGCAAUCCAACGAUAAUAUCAGCCGCUUAGAAAUGAUAGUCAGGAAGUGCAGUGCGCUUCAGAAAGCACAGGCCGAGGCGCUCAACCUCCUUUGCUCUUAG